AUGCCCGCAAACCCGAUUGAACCCAAAUCCACCAAGACUCCCAAACGAGACGCCAUUCCCAACUGGAGGGUCCAAAUCAAGAAAACCCAGCUGGUUUCGCAAGCAUCCGCCGUCCUCCUGCAACGCCACUCCAGACUGUGGGGCCCACUUCUCAAACCCCUCAAGCUUUCCAUCAAUUUCACUCCCUCCCUCUUUCACGAGAUCCUGAACAACAUCCAGACCCAUCCGAAAAUCUGCUUCAGUUUCUUCGAAUGGGCCCAGAAAUCCCUCGGUUUCAGGCCCGACCCGGGAGCCCGGUGCCGAAUGGUCCGAAUACUGUUCGGCUCCGGGCUGUCCGAACUCGGAACCCCCAUCUUGAAUUCCGUCGUGCAAGAUUGCCCGUCGGCCAAGUUCUUGCCUUUACUGAUCCAGUCGCACAAAUCUUGCAGUAAUCUCCAGGUUGUUUCCCCUGUUUUGAACUCUGUCAUUGACUUUUACUGCAGCAAACAAAUGUAUUUGCAGAGUUUGGAGGUUUAUAAUAUGGGUAAACGGUUCGGGUUUGGGUUGAGUCUGGGUACUUGCAACGGGUUGUUGAGUUUGUUGAGCGAAAAGAAAGAGUUGAAAUUAGCCUGGUGUUUUUAUGCUUCGGUUAUUCGAAAUGGGGUUUUAGGGGAUGGAUUUACUUGGUCGAUUAUUGCGAGGAUUUUGUAUAAAGAUGGCCAAUUUGAGAGGAUUUCCAGGUUUUUGGAUGCUGGGAUGGAUGCCCCUGAGGUGUUUGAGUUACUGAUUGAUGGUUAUUGCAAAAGAGGGGAUUUUGAAGCUGCCUUUGGAUAUCUGAAUCGAUUGUGGUGUAAAGGAGUCGAACCGAGUUUUAGUACUUACAGCUCCAUCCUGGAUGGGGCAUGUAAAUGGAAAAAUAGCAAAGUGAUUGAAAUUGUAAUGUCACUUAUGGUUAAACAUCGGCAUAUCCCAGUGUUUCCAGCUUCUGAUUAUGAUAUGAUCAUCCGUAAGCUUUGUGAUUUGGGAAGAACAUUUGCAGCUGACAUUUUUUUCGAGAGGGCCCGUGAUGAAAAACUUGAACUGCAAGAUGCUACUUAUGAGUCCAUGCUUAGGGCAUUAUUGUCAGUGGAAGGUAGGAUUCACGAUGCAAUCGAGCUGUAUAACAUUGUGCGGGAAACAAAUAUUCAGUUAAGCGAGAGCUGUUAUAAUGAGCUUGUGAUCGCCUUUUGCAAAGAAAACCCAUCUGAGAAAAUCGGGAGUUUGUUAGUCGAUAUAGUAAGGCGAAGUUUCGCUUCUCCAGCCAAUGAGCUAUCGACAUAUGUCGGCAAACUGUGUGCAAAAAGUCGUUGGAUUGAAGCAGAACAACUUUUUUAUUUAGUUCUGGGUCAAGGGUGUUUGCUCGAUUCUAUCUCAUGCAGCUCGCUUGUCAAACACUAUUGCUUUAGCAGACAAAUUGAUAGAGCAAUUCUGGUGCACGAUAAGUUGAAGGAGUUCAAAGGUAAUUUGGACACGGUAACUUAUAAUAUACUUCUUGCUGCAUUGUUCAAAGAGAAGAGAAUCGAAAAAACAAUUGAAGUGUUUGAUUACAUGAGAGAAUGCAAGAAAUUGGACAGCGAUAGUUUCUCGAUCAUGAUCGGAGGUCUCUGUCGUGAGAAGGAAUUGAGAAAAGCCAUGAAGUUACACGACGAGAUGUUGGAGUCGGGUCUUAAGCCCGAUCAGAGGACGUAUAGGAGGCUAAUUUCUGGUUUUAGAUGA